AUGGAACUUACGCAGUCAACAAAAAGCAAAGGUGAUUCAUUCGAUUCUGGUUUUGCAUCGUCUGAAGAAAACGACGAAUCGAUUAUUGCAUGUACUGGUGCAAAUGAUAGUGGAAUUUGUAAACAAUUGAAACGCUUGGAAACUGAGUUCAACAAUCAGCAAUACAUGGUCGGAAUUGAAAUACGAACACUUGCUAAAAAGCUAAGACUCACAGAUGCGCAAGUAAAAGUUUGGUUUCAAAAUAGAAGAAUCAGAUAUAGGAAUGAGAAAAAGAGCGAACCCCAAGAAGAAGAAAACAACAAAUUGGACAUUCUCAAACGCGAAGCGAUCGGAAAAUGUUAG